AUGGGUAGCUCUGGCACGGUUGUGCUGACCAAACUUCUUCUGAGCACUUACAACGUCUCUAUGUGCUCGGAAUCGUUCUGGUGCAGCAGCGUCGAAAUCCACUACCCGUUCUACCUUGCCAACGCAAGCGAAGCAAUCGCCGAUUACAGCGGGAACAUCUUCUCCUGCGGCUACACCGACUUGAGCAUUUCCUGCAAACUCGAAGGGCAGACCUGGAUCCCUACCAUCCGUCUCGAUGGCGGCGACUACACCGUCGAGAACAUAUCCUACCACUACGACCAUCAAACCAUCCUACUGGUGGACAGCGAUGUGCUCGGAGGCGCAGGCGGUGACUGCCCUGCUGUCUGCCAUGAAGUCAGCUUCGAUGAGACAUGGCUGCAUAGCAGCAGCUACAACGACAACCUCACCUUCCUCUUCGGCUGCGACCCACGCGGUCCCGUGCCGCCUGAAUUCGACGCAUACAAAAUCAACUGCACGCAGUUCAAGAGUACGCCAGGUGCUGGCCCAGGAGACUCUUCGUGGUCAUUAUGA